CGGGCGCGGGGCGAUGGGGGCGCGGCGGCGGCCGGCGCUCUGACAGCCCCCGGCGCUCCCUCGGCGGCGGGCGCAGCGGCUCCGGCGGCAGCGGCGGCUCUCGGCGGCCGCCCCCCUCCUCCUCGGCGCGGACCAUGUUCGCCAAAGGGAAGGGCUCGGCGGUGCCCUCGGACGGGCAGGCGCGGGAGAAGCUGGCGCUGUACGUCUACGAGUACCUGCUGCACGUCGGCGCCCAGAAGUCUGCGCAGACCUUCCUGUCCGAGAUCCGGUGGGAGAAGAACAUCACGCUGGGCGAGCCCCCCGGCUUCCUGCACUCCUGGUGGUGCGUGUUUUGGGACCUGUACUGCGCAGCUCCCGAAAGGCGAGACACUUGUGAACAUUCGAGUGAAGCCAAAGCCUUUCAUGACUACAGCGCAGCUGCUGCCCCGAGUCCCGUGCUUGGAAACAUUCCCCCGAAUGACGGGAUGCCCGGGGGCCCCAUCCCGCCCGGGUUCUUCCAGGGACCGCCUGGGUCACAGCCCUCGCCACACGCACAGCCUCCACCCCACAAUCCUAACAGCAUGAUGGGACCCCACAGUCAGCCGUUCAUGUCGCCGCGCUACGCCGGAGGUCCCCGGCCCCCCAUCAGGAUGGGCAACCAGCCCCCGGGUGCUGUUCCCGGUACACAGCCAUUGCUGCCCAAUUCGAUGGAUCCCACGCGACAGCAAGGGCACCCCAACAUGGGCGGCCCCAUGCAAAGGAUGAAUCCUCCGCGAGGGAUGGGCCCCAUGGGUCCCGGUCCGCAGAACUACGGCAGCGGCAUGAGACCUCCACCCAACUCCCUAGGUCCUGGCAUGCCUGGAAUUAACAUGGGGCCGGGCGCCGGCAGACCGUGGCCGAACCCCAGCAGUGCUAACUCAAUCCCAUACUCUUCUUCAUCGCCUGGUACAUACGUGGGUCCCCCCGGCGGCGGUGGCCCUCCAGGGACACCCAUCAUGCCCAGCCCUGCAGAUUCAACAAAUUCAAGUGACAACAUCUACACAAUGAUUAAUCCAGUACCGCCCGCAGGCAGUCGAUCGAAUUUCCCAAUGGGCCCCGGCUCUGACGGCCCCAUGGGCGGCAUGGGCGGGAUGGAGCCCCAUCACAUGAACGGAUCAUUAGGGUCAGGAGACAUAGAUGGACUUCCAAAAAAUUCUCCAAACAACAUAAGUGGCAUUAGCAAUCCCCCGGGCACUCCAAGAGACGACGGGGAGCUGGGAGGCAACUUUCUCCAUUCCUUCCAAAAUGACAAUUAUUCCCCCAGCAUGACGAUGAGUGUGUGAUUUCCCUCCCCCUCCUCCUCUCCAGGAUCAAGAGAGUCAGCUGCCGUUCGGAGGAUCUCAACGAAUUAUGCAAGAAGAAGAAGAAGAAGAAGCUAGGUGUAUGGGCAGGGACACGCGUGGCGGGGGCCAAAACCCCAGGUUUAGUUUCAUGCAAUAAAAAGGCUGAACUUUUUAUUCCAUAAAACAUGAAGGACAAAACUUAAAAUAUUUCAAGACAUGACAAGACCCUUCUUUGUGCAGAAGGGUUUAUAUAUGUACAUGACACUUCUUUUUGGAAACAAACGGAAGCCUCUAGCACCCAACUCCGAUCUCUUUGCUUUGUUCUUUUAAAUAAAGACAGAAACCGAACCUGUUGUAUGUUUGUGCCGUGCGACACCAGGAAGCUAGUCUAGAUAUGAAAUCAUGUUGUCUCUGUUGUAGUCAUUUUUUUAAAUAAACUGGACAGUUUACAAUGGUG